AUGUGUGUUGUUCGUGUUGGCGGUGAUGGUGGUAAAACCGUCAACGUGGAGAUGCCUUGCAUUGACGUGCUCGAUGGAGCCUAUUGUAACGAGGGUUACACUUUGACGCCAUCCAAUGUCAUCACCAUGAGGGGCAUGGUCCUCGCAACAGUGUUUAUUACACUUUUCUGGCUUCUCGCUGAACUCCUAUUGAGGAACGUGGAUAUGGAAAAUAGGAAGGAAAAAAUGCUGGGGAUGCAGAGGAUGGCCAAAGAACUGCCAGCGAAGAAGGA